CAUCGGGUCGUAUGCAUAUAAACCGUCGUGUCAUUAAGUGCCGUGUCCAGUGCACAUUUUAUUUAUUUGUAAAAUUCAAUUAAAAAAUAUAAUUUAUAUUAAUGGAACGUUUCACAAACAUUGGUCGGUUGAUUUUCAUCGAGUGAGAACACAGAGCAAGAUUUUCCCUCCCGUUCAUGUUCCAUACUCCCAUCAAUAAUAAUUUUAUAUUUUCUCUUGUAUAUGGGAUUUUACAGUUUUAUUUUCGGAAAAAUAUUGUUGAACGAUUUAACGAUCUGUUUACACAGUGCUAAAAACAUAAAUUUUGUCUAUAAAACAUCAAAUAACGGCUUUUUGAAUCAUAUAGAUGUGAAAUAAGUAUAAUUUGUGUGAACGAAUUACCAGGCAGUUCACGUCUGCAGUAUAUCAUCGCCAAACAUUCAGCGUCGAAGAAAUGUAAUUUAAAAGGCAAAAAAAAAAUUGAAAAUUGGUUCAUUAGACGAACAAAAUAUAAUUAAGUGUAAAGUGUGGUGAUUCAUUCGGAAUAUCUGGUGCAAUGGCCAAACGUGUGAGUGAAGAGUUAAAUGUUCUACCACAACCACUGGAUCCUGUUGCGUCACGGGAGGAAAGACGAGCCACUGGGCGUAUGGUUGCAUUAAUGGUCGCAUUCAUAUUAAUUUUGUCCGUACUCUAUCAAGCUUGGAUCAGAAAAAUUCCUGUACUAGCCGGCGUAACAAUACCAGCGUUGAUUAUGAUUUUAUACGGCGGAUGGGUUCUAUUUCUAGCCAAAAAAGACAAACAACGCAGAAUCAUUGCAGAAAAUAAUUUGCGUGCCAGUCGUGCGGAUAGUAUAGCAUUAUCGGAAAUUGCUGCCUUAUCAGUGAAAAGUGCAACUACAAGCGUCACGCUGGAUGAGGUGGAAGGUUCGAAGAAAGUAAAAUCGAAAUCAUCUAAGACCAGAACGGAAAAUCAAAAUGUGGACAAAAGAACAAAAUUGGAGAAGGCACCGAUACCGCAAAUAGCUGUGAGCGCAUUUGACAGUGACGGAAAACUAGCGAGGAGUUUUUCGACUUACAAUUAAGUUACGAGAUACUGAGAACGGUAUCGAGUCAUAGUUUC